GUGACGCCGCGCUGGAGGCCACGGCUUCCGGUGCGCAGGCCACAGCGGCCCGGCUACAGAUGGAGGCGCCCGUCUCCUCGGCGGGGAGGUGAUUUGGUCUUCCUCCCUUUUCUUUCUUCUCCUUCUUCCCUCCCUUCGGUCUUCCCUUUCGCUCGCUGCUGAAGAGGCCGCGUUCAUCCCAACCGCUCUGAGGGAGGCAGACAAGUGAAAUGAAGUCAAAAGAACAAUAAAGUGGUGGAGAACGAAGGAGACAUUGUACCUCUGCUCUGCAGUUUGGCGGAGCACUAAAAUGUCUGUGGACAUGAACAGCCAGGGCUCUGACAGCAAUGAAGAGGACUAUGAUCCAAACUGUGACGAGGAGGAAGAGGAUGAAGAUCCUGGGGACAUUGAAGAUUACUAUGUGGGGGUGGCAAAUGACGUGGAGCAGCAGGGAGCAGAUGCCUUCGAUCCGGAGGAAUAUCAGUUCACCUGCCUGACCUAUAAGGAGUCUGAGAGUACCUUGAAUGAGCACAUGGUCAGCUUGGCUGCUGCAUUAAAGGUCUCGCAUGCAGUUGCUAAGCUUGUAUUAGUUAGCUUCCACUGGCAAAUCUCAGAAAUUUUGGAAAGGCACAAGUCCAAUUCUGUCCAAUUGCUAGUGGAAGCACGAGUUCAACCUGCCUCAUCCAAACACGCCAUGGUACAUUCCUCCCAGCACUGUGCAGUGUGCAUGCAGUUUGUCCGAAAGGAAAACUUGUUGUCUCUGACUUGUCAGCACCAGUUCUGCCGUAGCUGUUGGGAGCAGCAUUGUACAGUACUGGUCAAGGACGGAGUCGGAGUUGGUGUUUCCUGCAUGGCUCAGGACUGUCUGCUCCGGACCCCAGAGGAUUUUGUGUUUCCAUUGCUACCUAGCGAGGAGCUGAAAGACAAAUACAGACGCUACCUCUUCAGGGACUACAUUGAGAGCCAUUUCCAGCUGCAGCUUUGUCCUGGUGCAGACUGCCCUAUGGUCAUACAGGUACAGGAGCCCAAAGCCCGCCGAGUGCAGUGCAAUCGCUGCAACGAAGUUUUCUGUUUCAAGUGUCGGCAGAUGUACCACGCUCCCACAGACUGUGCCACCAUCCGAAAAUGGCUCACUAAGUGUGCGGAUGAUUCUGAAACAGCUAACUACAUCAGUGCUCACACUAAAGAUUGUCCCAAGUGCAAUAUCUGUAUUGAAAAGAACGGUGGCUGUAAUCACAUGCAAUGUUCAAAAUGCAAGCAUGACUUCUGCUGGAUGUGUCUAGGAGACUGGAAGACCCAUGGCAGUGAAUACUAUGAAUGCAGUCGGUACAAAGAAAAUCCUGAUAUUGUAAAUCAGAGUCAGCAAGCACAGGCCAGAGAGGCCCUUAAGAAAUACUUGUUCUAUUUUGAGAGGUGGGAAAACCACAAUAAGAGCUUACAGUUGGAGGCACAGACAUACCAGCGGAUUCAAGAGAAGAUACAGGAAAGGGUGAUGAACAACCUGGGAACUUGGAUAGAUUGGCAGUACCUACAGAAUGCAGCAAAGCUACUGGCUAAGUGUCGUUACACGCUGCAAUACACAUAUCCAUAUGCCUACUACAUGGAAUCUGGUCCCAGGAAGAAGUUGUUUGAAUACCAGCAGGCUCAGCUGGAAGCAGAAAUUGAAAAUCUCUCAUGGAAGGUAGAGAGAGCAGACAGUUAUGACAGAGGGGACUUGGAGAACCAGAUGCACAUAGCUGAGCAGAGGAGGAGGACCCUGCUGAAAGACUUCCAUGACACAUAAAGGAGCAGGAGCACCCAGGGCGCAGGGGCAAGAGCCAAGGGCCAGGCGAUGGUGGUGAGAGCGGCAGCAGAAGCAGCACAAGGAAUUGGCCACCCGUCGCCACCUCUGCCGAGAAGGGCUGAGGACAACACUUCACCCCGCCCCUUGCAAGCCAGACACGAGCUAGCACCACCGCAGCAUAGUCUUCUGUUUUUCUUCUUUUUUCCUGCUUUUUGUUUUUGCCAGGCUAGAGGCUGGAGUUCCAAUUGGCACCUUUUUCCUGGGACUUCUUCCUCCCUUCCGCUCUUGGGAUCGUUCUGGGAGAGAGUUGGUUUUUUUCUUUUCUUUUUCUUUUCCCUUAAUGGGCUGUUAAUAGCAUUAGAUCAUUACAAACUUGCCUAAUUUUUCAACGGUUGUACAAUUAUACAAAACUGACCCUAGAAAAACACAACCCCCCCCCCACACUUUUUAAAAAAAUAAAUUGGAAUUGGAGUGUGUUUCCUUUUGGAUAAGCUGCUUGUAAACUUUAAUGGCUGCUUCUCUCCUCUCCUUCCACCCCUCUUUUGCACUGAAGGUUAUGAAAUAGACCAGCAGUCUGUUUGUCUGUCUGUAUAUCUGUCGGCACCUCUGGAGUGCCCUUUUUUGUAUUGCUUGCCCUGUGACUGCAUGAGGUGAACAGUGCCAAGUCCGGCAUACCAUUGAGGGCUCUCCUUCUCUGGCGUUGCUGCAGCAGUUGGGUAAUGUUCAGGGCAGCAUGGGAAAUGGCUUCAAUCUUACUGUUCCAUUGACUUGAGGUUUUCCUCUCCCCCCCCCCCUCCCCGGCAUGGAUUUGUUUCAUUGCUUUGUUUCUCUGGGCUUCCCUUUUCUGCCAAAAUUUGAAUACUUGAAGGGGUUCUGUGAUUUACAACCUCAGCUCUUGGUAGCAUAGUUACAGAUGUUUGGUUUUGCCUUGGGGCUGCAGGACAAGCCAUGUUUAUGUCUACACCUUGCAGAGGUGUGCAAUCCCAUCACAUUGUGUGACAACCUAGUCCUUGACAUGACUGUAAGGUGACACAUCAAGCUUGAUUCCUCUUGCCCUGACGAGUUCAGGCUUCCCUGCUGUGUAUUGAGAGAAAGCUGUGCCAUUUAACAUGUUUGAUUAUUACUAUUAAUAUUAUUAUUAUUUAGGAAAAAAAUAUUGACAGCAUGACAAGUCCUUUGAAACAUGUUGAAAUUAUAAAUAAGUACUCCUGUCCUAGAUACUACUCAAAAGCUGGCAGAACAUCAGAUUAGUAGAGUGCUGCAUAACUAGUAUGAAGGUUUGUGGUUGCUUUUGAUCGGCAGGAGAUUCCUGGAUGUGUGUUAAGGUCAAUUUUUCCUCCAUUCAUGGUAAAGGCUCACUGUAAAAUAGUGUGUCAAAACUGCUUUGUAUGAUGUGUGGACACUUAGAGAGGAAGGUGGAACUGCUGGCUUUUAUUCCCCCUGAAGUUUCUUUGUUGAUGGUCUGAAAUAAGAAUACCGUUGCCACUUUGUUUUAUAAAAGCUUGUUGCACUGAGCUUUUCUUUGUGCAUUGAUCAUGACUUGUUUGGAUUUGGAGGAUGGGUUGGAUCCUUAUCCUCUGCUCAUUUCACUUGUCUUUCUGACCUUUGAGUUGUACUCACGACUUAGACAUGGAUUGCCCUGGCUCUUGGAGCUCACCUGCCAUGCCACCCUCUGUCCCUUCAGCUGCUGCUACUACUACCUCAGGCACUCCAAGAAAAAUGAUGAUACCCUCCACCUGCUUGCUCCCUUAAUAGAUGACCCCAGGCCCUUUUAAUACGACUAUCUCCCCUUCCACUACUAGCCCAUUAACCACCCAUUAGUCAACUAUAGGAGGGAAGGCGCUAGGCUAACCAUAAAUGCCUAGAAGGGAACUUUCCACAGGCCCAUCUUCUCCUCUUCCUUCCCUCUUCCAUUUCCCUUUCCCCCCAUCCCAUUGGUCUUUUAUAAGUCUCUUUGUAGCUAAUACAGCAUGACAACCUCAUCUGGCUUGCUCCUUUAACCCAUGUUGGUCUGCUGUAAGCGGAGGUCGUGUGAUUGUGUUCUCUUGGCGAUAGAUGUUUCAAUUUUCUCUGCAUGACGUCCACACCUGGGCCUUUUGAUAUAUAGAAACAGAGCCAAACUCUUUUAGCAAGUACAAAAAGUUCAGUCUGUGUGUGAUAUAAAUUACCUACAGGAUAUGUUAGCAUUCAUUCUGUUACUGAUUUUGAUGGAGCUGGAGUGUACAAAUUGCUAGUGCAGGGUUAUUUCAUUAACCCAUCAGCCAUUGGGUCAGAUUGGCUUCCAGAGAUGGAGGGUGUUUAACUUCCCAGUUUCUACUCUUCAGUACUCAUCUGACCUUCUUGCUUGCACAUUGUUCAGUCUCUGAAAGAGGCGCACAUCUUUCCCCCCCCUCUAAACUUAGACUGAAUCCUCUCACUUGUUGAAUUUAUUGUGUUCAGGCAUUCAAAGUUCUGUCAUUUAGUAAAGGGAGUGAUGUAUGACUUGCACUACAUCUGGCAAACACUUAGGAGCUGGUUGAGUUUGAUGGUGGUGCGGUCACAACUUCCAACGUCGAACCACGCUUUCUAUACAGUCCAUGGAGGGUGCGCUCUGUAAGCAAGUACUGUAGGGCUCCAUCCAACAUUGCACAAGUAGACAUCUGCUUCUGUAUCAGAUUUUCCUGCCUUCUUCCUGCAUGGCCCCCAAAAUUUGCUUUAGAGCAGGCAUGAGCAAACAGGUGUUUUGGACUUCAACUCCCACAAUUCCAAACAGGUGGAAGGCUGUUAGGAAUUGUGGGAGUUGGAGUCCAAAACUCCUGGAUGGCCGAAGUUUGCCCAUGCCUGCUUUAGUGGGUAUCGAACUCUGAAAGCAGAUUUCAUGGAAGACUAUGGCUUGAGGUCAGGGGAAGAAGUGCUUCAUUGGUGGUUGCCAUUCUUUUUCAUUAGUGAGUAGAUACUGUUGGAUUUCAUCAGAAUAGCUGCCAUUGAGUCUUAAACUAUUAGCAUUUGUGUAUGUAUAAACUUAUCAUUUAUAGUCUCAGAAUGAGCAGGUUGUUAUUUUCCCACAAUAUUCUUCCUAUUUUGCACAAUCCCUCAGACACUGCUUGAAAGGUUUUCUCACUGAUGAAAAUAGACGAUGCCCUAGGAAUGUAUCGUGUUUUUCACUGUGGAAAAAUAGAGCGCAUGAUCCUAGAGUAAGUGAUAUUUCCCCCAUUUUGGAAAACCCCCACUACUCUUGUCACAGCCUGGUUUAGAUGGGGAGACUGAAAUUAAGAAUUCAUGGCAUCUGAGCUGAGCAGGGACAAUAAACCUGUGGCCUUCCAGAUGUUGAACUUGCAACAUCCUUCAUCUCAAACCAUUGGCAAUGUUGACUGAGGUCAAUGGGAGCUGAAGUCAAAAACUAUCUGGAGGUUCACACUUUCCCAAGCCCUGCUAAUUUAGUUCCUUCAUUGCCAGCUAAGAUCCUAUACUCUCAGAGCUUUUGUCUUCCUCUUAUUUCUCUAAGACUUGAGCCUAAACUGAUUUGGCAGCUAUUUGCAUCCUUCAUUCUGCUUUUUUAAAAAAUUGGCUCAGCUCACCUUUGUCUCCGGUGCUUAUUUACCGUACAUUUAGUAUUCCCCGUCACAGCUCUUUUGUAAAGAAACACAGAACACUUAAGGCAAUACCUUUAUACCAAUUCCUGGUAACGAACAUAGAGGCAUUCAGUUUACACCGAAUUCUCCUGGCCAACAGAUUCCUGUGUCACUCAAAAGCUUGCGUCCAGACAUCAAAAGAGACUCUAACAAACAGGAGAGAGAUCUUCCUUCUAAUCAGUUUUUUUGCUUGUACUCUCCUAGCACUCUUCUCUUUUGCUGCAGCUAAGAGUUUUAUAUUAACCUGGAACUGAAUGUCAUCGGUGUGCCAUGCGUGUGCUACCGGAGGAACCAGAGACUUCUGUCCCUACUACAGCACUGUCUCACUUCAUCUUAAACUUGUGUUUGUUUCUCAGAUCAGCUUCAUUUCUCAAUGGCUUUUCCCUUGGAAAAGGCUCUUUUGUGCUCACUCAAGUCUGGACUGUUCCAAGUUUUCAGGUAGUAGCUUCUGCUAUGGGAGCUUUUUUUUAUUACGCAGAGUGCUACAUUAUCAUGGCUGCCUUUGCUCUGUCCCUCAUUGAGGUAUGGGGGAAGGGAAAGCAAUCUCAAGAAACUGCCAACACUUUUCCGGCAUUGGGAUGGGAAGGGGCCCGCGAAAAAGCCCUCAAAGUUUCCCUUCCUGAAAUUGUUUAUUUGAAAUAAAUUGUGAAUUUCUAAUUUUAAA